CCCUUCCGCUUCCGCCUCCCCGGCCGGCAGCGCCGUACGUCACGCGCCGUAGGACGUCACGCGCCCGCGAGGCACCCUGGGAGUCGAGUGUGCGGGACCCAUUGGCCGGGCGGCUCCCGUGGGGCAGCGCUGCGCGCCGCAGGGAGGCUGUUCCAGACCCGCCCUCAGGAUGAAGGACUCGCUGUCGCUGCUCGCCCGGAUCCCAGCUCACCCUGACUCUCGCUGCUGGUUCCUGGCCUGGGACCCCUCUGGGACCCUGCUGGCCUCCUGCGGGGGAGACCGCAGCAUCCGCAUCUGGGGCAAGGAGGGGGAUGGCUGGGUGUGCAAGUCGGUGCUGGGCGAGGGGCACCAGAGGACCAUCCGGAAGGUAGCCUGGUCCCCGUGUGGGAGCUACCUGGCUUCAGCCAGCUUUGAUGCCACCACCUGUAUUUGGAAGAAGAGCCAGGAUGAGUUUGAGUGUGUGACCACCCUGGAGGGACAUGAAAACGAGGUGAAGUCCGUAUCCUGGGCCCCAUCCGGCAGCCUCCUGGCCACCUGCAGCCGAGACAAGAGCGUCUGGGUCUGGGAAGUGGACGAAGAGGACGAAUACGAGUGUGUGAGUGUCCUGAACGCCCACACGCAGGAUGUCAAGCACGUGGUCUGGCAUCCCAAUCAGGAGCUGCUGGCAUCAGCCAGCUAUGACGACACGGUGAAGCUGUACCGCGAAGAGGAGGAUGACUGGGUCUGCUGUGCCACGCUGGAGGGACAUGAGUCCACGGUGUGGAGCCUUGCCUUCGACCAGAGUGGGGAGCGCCUGGCCUCCUGCAGCGAUGACAAGACCGUGCGCAUCUGGCACCAGUACAAACCAGGCAAUGAGCAAGGGGUGGUCUGCAGCGGCGCUGACCCCAGCUGGAAAUGCAUCUGCACUCUGUCUGGCUUCCACACCAGGACCAUUUACGAUGUGGCAUGGUGUCGCCUGACAGGAGCAUUGGCUACAGCCUGCGGAGAUGAUGCUAUCCGCAUAUUUGAGGAAGAGCCGCUGUCGAGUCCCCAGCAGCCCACCUUCGCGCUGACCGCCCACAUGCCCAGGGCUCACUCCCAGGACGUGAACUGUGUGGCCUGGAAUCCCAAGGAGCCGGGGCUGCUGGCUUCAUGCAGCGAUGAUGGAGAAAUGGCGUUUUGGAAGUACCAGCGGCCAGAGGUUUGCUGAGAAACCCAGCAGUGCAGUGACCCCAGCAUAGCCACGGGCCUGGGCCUGUUGUGUGCAGCAGCAGCCGUUAAAUGUUUUGCUAAGAGAAUACAUGUCCUGCUGGUGGGAGGGGUAAUGUUCCCUGCAGCCCUAACCUGCAAAGGGGGAAAAGAGCAGCCACUACCCCCUCCCCCCCCAGGCCUUGGAUUGCUGGGGUAUCAGGGUGAACCCUACCCAAGUUACUGCUAAACUAGUCUUAAAGGUAGAUGAGGGUUGUUUGAUUUUUUGGGGGGGGGGGG